UCCUGCAUAUUUGCCCAACCUUAAUCCAAUUCCAUAUCCCUCCGACCUAGAUGGCGAGCAACGAGCCCGAGCGCAGAGAGGAAGAGGAGGCCGGUGAGACAGCCGCUGGGGAGGACGAGGACACCGGGGCUCAGAUCGCUCCCAUCGUCCGGCUUGAGGAGGUCGCGGUAACCACUGGCGAGGAGGAUGAGGAAGUCCUACUCGAUUUGAAGGCGAAGCUGUACCGAUUUGAUAAGGAGGGGAAUCAAUGGAAGGAGAGGGGGACGGGGAGCGUGAAGAUUCUCAAGCACAAGGAAACUGGCAAGGUCCGGCUUGUGAUGCGGCAGGUCAAGACGCUGAAGAUCUGCGCCAACCACUUAAUUCUUCCAUCCAUCAAGUUGCAGGAGCAUGCUGGAAAUGAUAAGUCCUGCGUUUGGCAUGCCACAGAUUUUUCGGAUGGAGAAUUGAAGGAUGAAACAUUCUGUAUUCGGUUUGGAUCAGUGGAUAACUGUAAGUUGUUCAUGGAGACGGUUGAAAAGCAAGCUGAAGCCGCCGGAAAGAAAGAAGAAAAAGAGAGCAAAGAAGCUGAUUCUGCUGCCGGAGAACUCGAGAAACUCUCCGUCGGUGAACCCAAAGGCGAUGAGAAGGCUAAAGAGGAAGCUCCUGUCGCAGCUGAUGAAAAGGAAUCGGAGUCCACUGAAACAAAGGCUGCGUAACCAAACUUGGGAGUCUAGUAGUCCUGAUGCUUGAGAUCACAUAUUUUGUCAAGUCUCCAUUGGUUCUGCUACCUCUCUGAUCGAAUUCCGGGCUUGUGUUUUAUAGUAUAAGAUAUGAGUCGAGAGUUUUUCUUGGUCGUCAGUGACGGUAGUUUUUCUUCUUUGGGUUGCUAUUUUUUCAUAGAAGUAGCCAUAUCUGGUCGUGUGAAAAUACUAGUAGCACAUCGGAGAUGCGUCCGUUUUAUGUUCGAGGUAGCUUCCAGACUUCCAUCCUCCUUGGUUUCAUUAUUUUCCAUCCGCGUUACUGAGAUGAUCUACUGUGCUUUUUUUCAGAUUAAGAUUGUUUGAAUUUUAAGUUAAUUUGUGGUAUUGUUAUGGUUCUAUUCUGAGGGAACAUAGUGCAUCUUUUGUUUUGUUUGUUCAUGAUUGCA